GCUCGCGCUGUCCCCGGGCUUCCGCGCACUUUGCGCCCGCGGGAACUUCGGCAGCGAGGGCGGCUGUCCCCGCCAUGCGGACCGGCGGCGGGCGGCUGUAGGGCGGUCGCCCCCGGCGGCAGGAUGGCCGGGGCCGGGGCCGGGGCCGGGCGAGCGCUGUGCUUGGCGGUGGCGGUGCUGUGGGGAAGCAUCCCAGGGCGGCCGGAGCCCACUUGCCAGCAGGUCCGCUCCUUCUUCCAGGUGCUGCAGCCCGGGCUCAAGUGGGUGCCCGAGACCCCGGGAGCAGGGUCUGAUUUGCAAGUGUGUAUCCCCAAAGGGCCCACAUGCUGCUCAAGAAAAAUGGAAGAAAAAUACCAGGUAACAGCCCGAUUGAACAUGGAGCAACUUCUCCAAUCUGCAAGUAUGGAACUCAAGUUUUUAAUUAUUCAGAAUGCUGCUGUUUUCCAAGAAGCCUUCGAAAUUGUUGUUCGGCAUGCGAGGAACUACACCAACAGCAUGUUCAAGAACCAGUACCAGAACAUGGCCCCAAGAACGUUUAAGUCUGUCGGGGAGCUUUUCACAGAUGUCUCUCUCUAUAUUCUGGGUUCUGACAUCAGCGUUAAUGACAUGAUAAAUGAAUUUUUCGACAGUCUGUUUCCGGCUAUCUUUUCGCAACUGAUUAACCCAGGCUUCCCCGAAACCUCCUUGGAAACGACAGAAUGCCUGCGGAGAGCGAGGAGGGAUCUGAAAGUUUUUGGAAAUUUUCCCAAGAUGAUGAUGACCCAAGUGUCAAAGUCACUGCAGGCCACCAGAGUCUUCCUUCAGGCCUUGAACCUUGGGAUUGAGAUCAUAAACACUACCGAUCACUUGAAGUUCAGCAAGGAUUGUGGACGGACACUGCUGAGGAUGUGGUACUGCCCUUAUUGCCAGAAUCUCAUGAUGGCUAAGCCCUGUGCUGGUUACUGCAACGCUGUAACUCAGGGGUGUCUGGCUAGUGUUGUGGAGAUCGACAAAUACUGGAGAGAAUACAUUCGGUCUCUCGAAGAGCUUGUUAAAGGCAUGCGGGGAAUAUAUGACAUGGAACACGUCCUGCUCAAUCUGUUUUCACUGAUACGAGACUCGGUUCUGUACGUCCAGAAGAGUGGAGGAAAGCUGUCCUCAACAGUUAGCAAAUUAUGUACCAAUUCUCAACCAAGGCAAUAUAGAUCAGCUUAUUAUCCUGAAGAUCUGUUUAUUGACAAGAAAGUAUUAAAAGUCGCUCAUGUGGAACAUGAAGAAACUUUAUCCAGUAGAAGAAGGGAACUGAUUAUGAAAUUGAAAUCUUACAGCAAUUUUUACAGUAGUUUAUCAGAGUACGUUUGUACCCACAGCCCUGUGGUCCCAAAUGAUACAUUCUGCUGGAAUGGACAAGAAAUUGUGGAGAGGUACAGUCAUCAGGUGGUCAGGAAUGGAGUCAAAGUUCAGUUUGGCCAUCAUGACUUGAAAACCAAAGGCACCGAGCCAGUAAUCAAUCAGAUUAUUGACAAACUGAAGCACAUUAACCAGCUCCUAAGAGGCAUGUCGAUUCCAAGACGUAAAACUUCAAAUAGAAACCUAGAUGAAGAAGAGACUCAAAGUGGAGAUUGUGAUGAUGAAGAUGACUGCGACGGAGCUUCGGGAGACGGAGGGUUAAGAGUUAAGAAUCAGCUGCGGUUCUUAGCAGAACUAGCUUAUGAUCUGGACAUGGAUGAUGUUCCCUUGAAUAAGCAACUUCUGAAUCGGCAAAACAAAGAUGGAGCAACAACUAACAAUCUUGGCUCGGGCCAAGCCACAUUGAACCACUUUACCCGUGUAACUUUUUUGGUGGCAUUCUUCCUCUUGUUGGUCCACUGACUAAUAGAACAGUCAUAGACUUUCUUGUAUAUCAAUUUUUGUGGUAUUCCUUCCAAGCUCUCAUUCUGAACUCUAGGCGCCUUUUCCAGACAUUAAAUUAAAGAAUAACAGUGUUAUGUUUUGUAUUAAAAAAUGGUAUCUUUAUUAAGGCAGUGAAUUUUAGUGUUAGUACAUUUGGUCCUAUUGCCAGGAAAAAUCUCUAAAAAGCGAUACCAAAUUAUUUUCCAAUCAGUUUAUAAGGAUUGGCUGCUCUCUCACACUGUGCACAGACAUACUUUCUUGAGAGUUAAUUUGCAUGUAUUCCAGUGGAUGCUUUUUAUCAAUAUUCUGGAUGUUCAAUUUGAUUCAAAACCAGUUGAAUACUUUUAAAGAGCUGUAUGAUAUAGCCAUUUGGGAUAUUGUAAUCCCAUCUGCAACUUCUGGCUCCUUGUACUCACCUCUUCACCCCAUCAUCAACCUAUGUCUGCUUCCAUCCCCUCCAUGAAUCACUGAGAUUCCGUCAAAUACUUUACUGAAUGUGUAAGUAUUCAAAGACUAUUCCUGGUUCUUAAUGUAUCAUAAUCGUUCCCUAUUCUGCCCACUUUACCAAUACAAGAUUUUGAUGUCAAUUUGCUGAAAAAUAUUUGCCAAAAUACAAAUCUUGUAUGUGUGUGAUGUGAUAUCGAU